GCCUGGGCGCACGCCAGCUGUGAUUGAAUCGCCCUUGGUCUCUGAGGGCGUUGGGGCCAGAUGUCGUUGACUCGCCUUCCUUGUGCUUGUGGCUUUGUUUGGCUGUUGGCAGUUGUGGCAGUGGCGUGGCUGAGCACACAGAAGGAGAAUGACACCAUCUAUGACAUGAAGUUGUGCAGCAUUAAACAAAUCAGAACUGGGAAGAUAUAUAGAACUGAAGCCGUAGAAAUGGGGGAUGUGCUAUUUUAUGCAUAUGAUAAACCACGAAUUCUUAAGCAUCCAUGCAAAUCUAAUAUGGCUCUGUACAUGGGAAACGCUUUGUUUUUAACUAAAGAUAAUUUUCAUAGCAGCCUGCUUCCACUUAACCUUCCCAAGAUGUUUGCGGUUAAAAGUCCAAAUGUAUCAGCAGCUGUUUAUUCCUCUUCAUGUAUAUUGUUGAUAAUAAAUGGAAAUGUCUAUGCUUAUGAUUAUGAAGAUGGUUCCUGGUCAAUUCUUCUAAUUACACAGGUCUACUUUACAAAUAUUUAUACAGAGUACUGUUGCUAUAGUAAUGAUUACUCUUGCUCAUCUGUAAAUAAUCUCAUUUUGGUAUAUGCCAUUGGAGGUCCUGUAUCUGAAGCUGUCAUAUAUAUCUCAAACAGUCUGGGAUUUAAUUUCGAAGAAUUACAUUUACCUCAACUGAAACUCCUUAAUGGAACUUUUGAAGGUAUCUUUUUCUUUCAUUCCAUGUCCAAGUUUGCAGUGCUCUUGAAGAAUGGUGAUACGGCAAGGUUUGCUUAUACAGAACCCCCACAAAAUGAAACCUGGGGACUGCCUUUUCCUAUGUCAAGACAUCUUCGCAUGGUAAAUCUUCCAGGUUUAAAAGGUUUUUUGAUUUUCUGGCAUAGUCACCGCCUGCUGUUCUCGCAUAACAGUGGUCAGCUGGUGGAAGAUAUUCCUAUUAAAGAGAAAAAAUUGGUUAAGCAUGAAUCCUUUGGUCAAUCUGGAAAAAGCAUCUACACCAUUGCUGGCUAUGAAAAUGAAUUGGCAGUUUUAACUACAGAUUUUCAUUUUUAUUAUGGCACUCUGGGAUUGCUGUCAACUUCUUUAACUAAAAUUGCAGAAGAAAUUCCUGUGACAAAAGACUCAGCAUUAAUGUUUGAAAGUGUUGGAAAUGUUAUGAUAGUAUCUCCAGGGAAGGAUGUGGAUGAUCAAAGCUAUGAUUUCACACUAUGUUGUGUGAAUAUGCAGUAUGUGCUCAUGGAACUUGAGAUUGGCUUAAAAAGUUGCAAGGCAGAAAUUUUGCAUGGAGAUUUUGAUAAAAAAAUGCAUGUCCUAGAUAUGGGUGAAACUUUGGAAUUAUCUGCUCAGCUGGUGCCUCAGCCAUCUCAAUUACCAAUCCCAAUAGUAACCGUCAGUAACCCUCAUUCUCUUGGAUUCCAAGUAAAAAUGUAUGAAGAUGGCUACACCUUUGAAGGAAACACAAAAUUUACAAUAAACAUCACCCUGAUGCAGCAGCAUACCUCAGGCAGGGCUCACGAGAGCUUCAUUUCCAACGUAAAGAUUCCCAGUUUAUCCACCAUCACUCUGGAUUUAAUUGAGAGAGGAAUGUCCUGUAUUGACUUACAACCUCCGUCAGGCCUCAUUUCCAUUGGUUGUAACUGGAAAAAAAAGAUAAUAGUCCGAAGGGAUCUAAAUGCAUGUGUGAAAAAGUUCCUGAAACCCGUGGAACUGGAGAACAAUUAUACCUACAUCAUUGAAAAGGGAUCAUAUGACCCUAACUACCAUUCCCGACCCCAGCAAAAUAAUGUGGACCUGACUAUAAUAUAUGAUUAUGAGGAACUGGGAUGUCCAGGCCUGGUCUAUUACAACAGUCCGUGGAAACCAGUGAUUGAACUUUGGGAAGAAACACGACGUGUGGAAGUUGUGAAGACGGAAUUUGUCCUAAUAGAAAUACAUGGAUUGUAUACUUACAAUUAUUCCAUGACUGUUGGCGAGGCUUCCUGCGUGUCACAGGCUCAGAAUUGGUCUUCAAUGAUAGAUGCCUCUACUGUCAAAGGUGUGCACUCCUGGAAUAGACAGAAUUAUCUCAGCUGCCAUGAAGACCAUGAAAGUGCUCCAUUGUUAUGGCCUAAUGUUGAAUACCAGGUUCUUGGGGGCUCAACAAAAAAUAGUAUCAUUUUUGAUCAAAGAAAUGGAAUUUAUGUUUUUUUAGUACGUAUUGUGGAUCCCUUUUACAGCUACUGUGAUUUGACCACCACAUUCAGCAUAUACGUCUAUGGUGCUUUCCCAAAACAGGUGCUACCUGAUUAUUUAGUUUUCAUAGUUACGUUGGGUUUCAUGUUGAUUUUCCUCUGGCUUGGAUAUAUCAUUCCAAAACUGUUAAAAUCAGAACAUGGACAAAAAUUAAAAUCAUUUUUCCAGAAUUUAUUGCACAAGAACAAAAAAGAAAAAGUGAAAUUUAAUUUGCCAAAGUCCAGUAAAUAA